UAAGGCGCGCUUCAGCGCGUCGAGCGCUCCGCCGCCCGCCGAACUGCGAGGCGCCCCCUGAGGGGCGGAGGAAUCGGGCCUGGGGAGCGGGCGCUGAGGGAGGAGCCAGGUCGGAGCGGCGGAGGGCCCUGGCGAGGAGGUGGAGGGCUGAGGCCCGGAGGAGGCCCCGCCGCGAUGGGCAACCUGGAGAGCACCGACGGUGGCCCGGGCGAGCCGCCCUCCGUCCCGCUGCUGCUGCCGCCCGGCAAGACGCCGAUGCCCGAGCCGUGCGAGCUGGAAGAGAGAUUCGCCCUAGUGUUGAGCUCUAUGAACCUGCCUCCUGACAAGGCCCGGCUGCUGCGACAAUAUGACAACGAGAAGAAGUGGGAUCUGAUCUGUGACCAGGAAAGAUUUCAAGUGAAGAAUCCUCCCCACACCUACAUCCAGAAACUCCAGAGCUUCUUGGACCCCAGUGUAACACGGAAGAAGUUCAGGAGGAGAGUGCAGGAGUCGACCAAAGUCCUCAGGGAGCUGGAGAUCUCCCUUCGCACCAAUCACAUUGGGUGGGUGAGGGAGUUUCUCAAUGAAGAGAACAAAGGCCUGGACGUGCUGGUGGACUACCUGUCAUUUGCCCAGUGUUCUGUCAUGUUUGACUUUGAGGGUCUGGAGAGUGGUGAUGACGGUGCAUUUGACAAGCUCCGGUCCUGGAGCAGGUCAAUCGAGGACCUGCAACCACCCAGCGCCCUGUCGGCCCCCUUCACCAACAGCCUCGCUCGCUCUGCGCGCCAGUCCGUGCUCCGGUACAGUACUCUCCCUGGCCGCAGGGCCCUAAAGAACUCCCGCCUGGUGAGCCAGAAGGAUGAUGUCCAUGUGUGCAUCCUUUGUCUCAGAGCCAUCAUGAACUAUCAGUAUGGCUUCAACUUGGUCAUGUCCCACCCCCAUGCUGUCAAUGAGAUUGCACUCAGCCUCAAUAACAAGAAUCCAAGGACCAAAGCCCUGGUCUUGGAGCUGCUGGCCGCUGUGUGCUUGGUGCGGGGAGGUCAUGAAAUCAUCCUUGCUGCCUUUGACAAUUUCAAAGAGGUGUGCAAAGAACUGCAUCGGUUUGAGAAGCUAAUGGAGUAUUUCCGGAAUGAAGACAGCAACAUUGACUUCAUGGUGGCCUGCAUGCAGUUCAUCAACAUUGUGGUGCACUCGGUAGAGGACAUGAACUUCCGGGUCCACCUGCAGUAUGAGUUUACCAAGUUGGGGCUGGAAGAAUUCCUGCAGAAAUCAAGGCACACGGAGAGCGAGAAGUUACAGGUGCAGAUCCAAGCAUAUCUGGACAAUGUGUUUGACGUGGGAGGCUUGUUGGAGGAUGCGGAAACCAAGAAUGUAGCCCUGGAAAAGGUGGAAGAACUGGAGGAGCAUGUGUCCCAUCUCACAGAGAAGCUUCUGGACCUGGAGAAUGAGAAUAUGAUGCGGGUGGCAGAACUGGAGAAGCAGCUGCUACAGCGGGAAAAGGAGCUGGAGAACAUCAAGGAGACCUAUGAGAACACAAGCAAUCAGGUGCAUACUCUUCGGAGGCUCAUUAAGGAAAAGGAGGAGGCCUUUCAGCGCCGAUGCCACCUGGAGCCAAGUGCCCGGGGCCUGGAAUCCAUGGGUGGUAGCGAAGCCCUAGCCCGGGUAGGCCCUACAGAGUUGACUGAAGGCAUGCCACCCUCUGACCUGGACCUGCUGGCUCCAGCCCCACCUACUGAGGAGACUGUUCCUCUGCCUUCUCCACCAGCUCCACCUUUGCCCCCGCCCCCUCCUCCACUACCAGACAAGUGUCCCCCUGCCCCACCUCUCCCUGGUGCUGCUCCUUCUGUGGUGCUGACAGUGGGCCUGUCAGCCAUUCGCAUCAAGAAACCUAUCAAGACCAAGUUCCGGCUGCCAGUCUUCAACUGGACAGCACUGAAACCCAAUCAGAUCAAUGGCACUGUCUUCAGUGAACUUGAUGAUGAGAAGAUUUUGGAGGACUUAGACCUGGACAAGUUUGAAGAGUUAUUUAAGACAAAAGCCCAGGGUCCUGCUCUUGACCUCAUCUGCUCCAAGAAUAAGACAGCACAAAAGGCUGCCAGCAAGGUGACCCUUUUGGAAGCCAAUCGUGCCAAGAACCUGGCUAUCACCCUUCGGAAGGCUGGGCGCUCAGCUGAGGAGAUCUGCAGGGCCAUCCACACGUUUGACUUACAGACACUACCUGUAGACUUCGUGGAGUGCCUGAUGCGCUUCCUGCCUACAGAGGCAGAGGUGAAACUGCUGCGGCAGUAUGAGCGUGAGCGGCAGCCGCUAGAGGAGCUGGCCGCUGAGGACCGCUUCAUGUUGCUCUUCAGCAAGGUGGAACGGCUGACCCAGCGGAUGGCUGGCAUGGCCUUUCUCGGCAACUUUCAGGACAAUCUGCAGAUGCUCACACCGCAACUGAAUGCCAUCAUUGCAGCCUCUGCCUCUGUCAAGUCCUCACAGAAACUGAAGCAGAUGCUGGAGAUCAUACUUGCAUUGGGGAACUAUAUGAACAGCAGCAAGCGAGGUGCUGUCUACGGCUUCAAGCUCCAGAGCCUGGACCUGCUGCUGGACACCAAGUCCACUGACCGGAAGAUGACACUGCUGCACUUCAUUGCCUUGACGGUGAAGGAGAAAUACCCGGAACUGGCUAACUUCUGGCAUGAGCUGCACUUUGUGGAGAAGGCUGCAGCAGUGUCCCUGGAGAACGUGCUGCUAGACGUGAAAGAGCUGGGCCGGGGAAUGGAGCUGAUUCGGCGGGAAUGCAGCAUCCAUGACAACAGCGUUCUUCGGAACUUCCUUAGUACCAAUGAAGGCAAACUGGACAAGCUCCAGCGUGAUGCCAAGACUGCUGAGGAAGCCUACAAUGCAGUUGUGCGCUACUUUGGUGAGAGUCCCAAGACCACACCUCCUUCUGUGUUUUUCCCAGUAUUUGUCCGAUUCAUUCGUUCUUACAAGGAAGCAGAACAAGAGAAUGAAGCUCGUAAGAAACAAGAGGAGGUGAUGCGGGAGAAGCAGCUGGCUCAGGAAGCCAAGAAGCUGGAUGCCAAGACUCCAUCCCAGCGGAACAAAUGGCAACAGCAGGAGCUAAUUGCAGAGCUGAGGCGGCGCCAAGCUAAGGAACACCGGCCUGUUUACGAGGGGAAGGAUGGUACCAUUGAGGACAUCAUCACAGGCUUCCAUCACCAACCCAUGGUCGUUCACAGCCAAGAGGAGUGCCAUACCACCCAGUGGCCCUCCUCGGGCUCCAGGUCCCCAUUGAGAUCCUCCCGGAGGCAGAAGUACUUUAAUACUCAAGAGUCCUGCAGAUCUGGACAGUGGACCCAGGGCUCAGCAGAAGGCUGUGCUGUUCCAACUGCAGUUGCUCCAGCUCUGAGGCUGGCUCGUCCCUGUGCCACUGUGGGCACUAGGUCUGUAGGAGCCUGGCAUUUCCCUAGUACCCCCAUAGUGCACUUUGCCCCCACUUCAUUUCCUGAAGGGUCAAUUCAGGGCUGAGAAAAACCACUUCCAGCUUCAGCUCAUGAGGGUACACAGCCCCUCUUCCUAGGGUCUAGUGGGAUAAAAGGAGGAGGAUCCAUGAAGAAAUACAGGUUCAUUCCUUCCUGCCCCCUUUUGCAGUCCCACAGUCAGCUCUGGUUUUGAGGGUAUCCAGACUAACGGAUCCCUGGACCCUGCCAGGAUUGGAUGGUGUCAGAGUGAAGCCCACUCUGCUGAGCCCUAGUAAAAGGGGAAGAGGAGCAGCAUUGGGCCCACUGGCCUUCUUGCGUGUGCUGCCGAGUCUCCUGGGUUUUGUUGUUGUUCUGCUCUCCUAGACCCGUGGUCCCGCCCACCCUGGCAUCCAGUUGCUUCUUGCAGGAGUAUCUUGCUCCACUUCCUUAAAACCAAAGGCUGUGGGGGAGACUUGGCUUUCAACAGUGCAAAGGGAAGGGCUAACGCUUAACAUGGAGAGUGGGUGGCAGUGGGAGCAGCUGACCCCUGGUGGCCACCCUCUAGAUGGGCACUUCCUGCUCCAAACAAUGAAAGGAAGGGCCUGGACCCCACCCUGCUACUGUCUUCCCACUGACUGAAGAGGCACUGUCUGUACCAGCUCCAAGAUUGCUAGAGGAAGGAUGUGCCGGCAGUCUCACCUUUCCUCAGCUAGGUGGAUCCUGGCCCAGGAACAGGCAACAGAGGAUCUUCACAGACUGUCUGCUCAAUUCCCUACUGGACUCUGACUGGAAGGGAAUGCAGGGCACUUUGUUUUGUACAUGUACCAUUUCCUUUCUUGUACAUAAACCCCAGACCUCUCAACAAA